UUGGCUCUUGCAGUGAACUGUUGUUGGUUCUUGCCGUGAGCUUUUGGCUCUUGCAUGCCAUGACAUUUUGGCUGUGACAGUUGUGGGCCACUGUAAAAACAAGACUAACUUCGUUUGAAGAUACAUUUUACACAAAAACUGGUUUAACAGAUUUUUCAAAGCCAGUACCAAAACAAUACACACUACCUUUUAUGGAGUGUACUCUAAGAAAACCUGUUUAGAACAAAAGAAACUCUAACGUGUUUGCCGACUGCGAAGCAGUUUGUAUAGAGGUGCUUCUCUUGAGUACUUCUACUGCGGGUGGAUCUAGAACGAAUAUACAUACUCGAGGGAGGUAACAUUCAUUAUGGCUCUGCGUUUAGCUGCUUCUAUUCCCAGGACAGUGUUGAGGCGUUCACUGCCUUCUGCAAUCAGGCUUUGCAGACUUUCAGCUUUGGCACAGGAACAAGUAAAUGACAACCCAGACAUCAAAUACAAUCAGGUUUUUAUCAACAAUAAUUUUGUUGAUUCAGUCAGUGGUAAGACCUUUCCAACUAUAAACCCGUCCACUGGUGAAAAGAUCUGUGAUGUGGCUGAAGGAGACAAGGCUGAUGUAGAUCUUGCAGUCAAAGCUGCUCAACAGGCAUUUGGAUUGGGUAGUCCCUGGAGAACAAUGGAUGCAUCUGAGAGGGGUCGUCUACUCUACAAACUGGCAGAUCUGAUAGAGAGAGAUCGAGCUUAUAUUGCUAGUCUUGAAUCACUUGACAAUGGCAAACCAUACCGUGAUUCCUUCAACGUCGACCUGGACUUGGUAAUCAAAUGCUAUCGUUACUAUGCAGGAUGGGCAGAUAAAAUUCAUGGCAAGACCAUUCCUCUAGAUGGUCCAUAUUUGUGUUACACGCGCCGAGAACCAGUUGGAAUAAUUGGACAAGUGAUUCCUUGGAACUUCCCUCUAUUGAUGCAGGCAUGGAAGCUUGGCCCUGCCCUAGCAACUGGGAAUGUCGUUGUCAUGAAACCUGCUGAGCAGACCCCCCUGACAGCCUUGUAUAUUGCCUCGCUUAUUGCUGAGGCUGGUUUUCCACCCGGUGUUGUUAAUGUGAUUCCUGGGUAUGGCCCGACAGCAGGAGGCGCAAUUGCAAGCCACAUGGACGUGGAUAAAAUUGCGUUUACUGGUUCUACCGAGGUUGGAAAAAUCAUCCAACAAACUGCAGGAGCGACUAAUCUUAAGAACGUCACGCUGGAGCUCGGCGGCAAGAGCCCGAACAUUGUUCUCAAAGACUCUGAUGUUGACUUUGCUGUGGAGAUGAGCCACUUUGCGCUUUUCUUCAACCAGGGACAAUGUUGCUGUGCUGGAAGUCGUACCUUUGUUGAGGAGGCAAUUUAUGAUGAGUUUGUGGAGAAGAGCGUUAAAAGGGCCCUGAAUCGAACUGUGGGGAACCCCUUCGACUUGAAUAAUGAACAAGGACCUCAGGUCGACAAGGAACAGUUGGACAAGAUUUUGAACUUGAUUGAAAGCGGCAAAAAUGAAGGGGCCAAGCUAGAAGUAGGUGGUGGUCGUCAUGGUGACAAGGGCUACUUUGUUCAGCCAACUGUAUUCUCUGGUGUUCAGGAUGACAUGACUGUUGCCAAGGAAGAGAUUUUCGGGCCAGUGAUGCAAAUCCUGAAGUUCAAGGAUACUGAUGACAUCAUCAGACGAGCCAACAAGAGCAUAUAUGGUCUUGCGGGAUCGAUUAUUACCAAAGACCUUGAACGAGCUAUGAUGCUGUCUAAUAGUCUUCGCGUUGGAACUGUGUGGGUCAACUGUUAUGAUGCUCUUAGUGCCCAAGCACCUUUUGGAGGAUACAAGAUGUCUGGAUCAGGAAGAGAGUUAGGAGAGUAUGGUCUUGAACAGUACUCUGAAGUCAAAACGGUGACUAUCAAGCUUCCCCAGAAGAAUUCUUAGGAUGAUGGAUCUCACCAUAGUUGAUGCAGGAACUAAUUUAGUCCAACUAAUACCUUGCACAACUGUGUGCCAUAGCAAGUAUCAGGCAGAUUGUAUAACCAACCCAUAUAUCACACUAUGUCACGUCAAAUUGUAUUGACAUUAAUUUACUGACAUUGUUAUACUUGGAGAUACCUUUUAGAUAAAUAUUUCCUUAUAAACCAUGAUUGUAAUCAACAACAAUAUACCAAUGAAAUGAAUCUCAGAUUUAAAAUUAAAAUAAAAUUAAAACUAAACUGUGA